CCUGUAGGCAGCGCGCAUGCGCGUGUGGCUCGAGAUUCUUCUGCGUCUGAGGGAAACAUGCGAGCGUCAACAUGCGUGAUGGUCACGAGCAGACGCGCCGCUCGGCCGUGACGCGCUCCGCGGCGGAGGAUGUCCGUGAGCGCGGCGGCGGAGGACGGAGGCGUCAGUAAAGCGCAGGUCAAGCGUCAGAUCAGGAGCAUCGUGAAGGAUCUCGAGCACAUCCUGGGAGACCUGAAGGAUGUGGCGAAGGAGCUGAAAGAGGUGGUGGAGGAGAUCGACUGCCUGACGUCUGACCUCCGUCUGGAGGAGGAUCUGACAGACGGCUCAAAGACAGACACACUCAACAGCAGCUCCAGCAGCACCACCACGGCCUCCAGCGUCAAGAUCUACCCCGAGGAGACGCUCUUCAGACCUCCAGCCGUCCUGAAGAGACCCACACCCUGCAGCACUCCGUCCAGAGCCCAGGAGAUCACGCUGAUGCAGAACGGAGCGCCCAGCAGAGACCCAAAGACAUUCGGCUGUCCUCAGAGCACGAGAGAGCGCGUGCGCUUCAGCGAGAAGGUGCAGUAUCACGGCUACUGCCCAGACUGUGACAGCAACAGUACAGAUCUGCACUUACACACCGAGCUGAUCGAUGCAAGACACAGUCCUGUCCAUCAGAGCCCCGAGAUCGCCAGCACCGCCUUCCCCUCACAGAAACCACACAAAACCAUUCUACGCAAGUCCACCAGCACCACCGUCUGAUAAAGAGACAGGCCUUUAGUUUGGAGAGAAGAAGCCAGAGAAGCACAGGAGGGGAAGAGCUUUCAGAAUCAGGAG